AAGUGGCGGACAAUCGGCCAGCUCUCGCUGUUACCCGGAAGGCUCUUAGCUGACCUUGGUUCUUGGGCGAGAAAAGUUAAAACAGAGGGCCUCCGCCGCUACAAAUACUUGGGCAACAACGAACAAGGGUGCCCGGGGACAACAAAACAAACCCCUUUCAGGUUGGGAGUAAAGAUGGAAUCUAUCUCUGAUGACGAUGUUCGUCAAGCGUUGCUGCAGCCGGCGGCGGCGGCAUUGUUGUCGUCUCAGUCACUGUGUUCGAAUAAGCACGAAGUUAGUGACGAGCUGGAGAGGAUAUUGUCGGACACGGAGAUGCCAGUGGUGGAGCGUUACACUCGAGCUACUUGGAUCGAGAUUAAGCUUCUACUGUACUUAGCUGCUCCGGCGGUUUUCGUGUAUAUGAUUAACUAUGCCAUGUCCACCUCCACACAGAUCUUUGCCGGCCACCUUGGCAACCUUGAGCUCGCAGCUUCCUCUCUUGGCAACAAUGGUAUCCAAGUCUUCGCCUACGGUCUCAUGUUGGGGAUGGGAAGUGCGGUGGAGACUCUAUGCGGACAAGCAUACGGUGCAGAGAAAUACGAUAUGCUUGGCAUUUAUUUGCAGAGAUCAGCAAUAUUGCUAACUUUCACGGGCGUUUUGUUAACAAUCCCUUACGUCUUCUGCAAGCCCCUCCUAAUCUUUCUGGGUGAAUCCGAAGACAUUGCUUCCGCAGCUGAAAUAUUCGUGUAUGGUCUGAUUCCUCAAAUCUUCGCCUACUCCAUCAAUUUCCCAAUCCAGAAGUUUCUUCAGGCUCAGAGCAUCGUGUUCCCGAGCGCUUUCAUAUCGGCGGGGACGCUCGUAGUGCACAUUCUUCUCAGCUGGUUGGCUGCGUAUAAAAUGGGGCUGGGCUUGUUGGGGGUGUCGCUGGUGCUGAGUUUGUCGUGGUGGAUUAUUGUGGUGGGCCAAUUUGUUUACAUACUUAAGAGCAGUAAUUGUAAGAAGACAUGGCGAGGGUUCAACGUGCAGGCGUUUUCUGGGUUGUUCGGAUUCUUCAAAUUGUCGGCGGCGUCGGCGGUUAUGCUCUGUUUGGAAACUUGGUACUUCCAGAUUCUGGUUUUGCUUGCUGGGUUGCUCGAAAACCCCGAGCUUGCUCUCGACUCCCUUUCCAUUUGUAUGACAAUAUAUGGAUGCGUUUACAUGAUGUCGGUUGGCCUUAAUGCUGCUGCCAGUGUGAGAGUGAGCAACGAACUGGGAGGGGGGAAUCCAAAAGCCGCAGCAUUUUCUGUGGUGGUGGUUGUUGCCAUCUCCACCAUCGUCUCUGCAUUCUGUGCUGUAGCUGUACUUGCACUGCGAGACGUCAUUAGCUACGCCUUUACCGGAGGCGCCACGGUUGCCGCAGCGGUCUCUGAUCUUUGCCCACUUCUCGCCCUCACCCUUCUCCUAAACGGAGUACAGCCCAUCUUAACUGGCGUGGCGGUUGGAUGCGGGUGGCAAUCGUUCGUCGCCUAUGUAAACGUUGGGUCUUAUUACGUUGUUGGAGUACCCUUGGGUGCCCUCCUCGGCUUCUAUUUCAAUUUUGGCGCCAAGGGUAUAUGGGUAGGGUUGAUGGGUGGAACUUUGAUGCAGACCAUAAUUUUGGUGUGGGUGACAUGGCGAACAGAUUGGAAUAAAGAGGUGGAAGAAGCAAUGAAAAGAUUGAGCAAGUGGGAUGACAGUAAGCGAUUUGUUGAGUAGGCCAGGCAGGCAGGCAGGCAGGCAGGCAGUCUUUUAGAGUUUCUUUAGUUUUAAUUGAUGUCUUUUAGGGCUUAGGCGUUUGUGGAUGACAGUAAGCUCAUAUUGACUCGGAGAGAAUAUGAGUCAAUAUGAGCUUCUUCCUCCUCUUCUCAUUCAAAAUAUUGUUUUCCUUGCUCCGAGUGUGUUCCUUGGUGGUUCUUCGAUUUUGUUUGGUACUAGAGUGUUA